GCUUCCAUAUAAGCCUUGACACAAGCCUAGAUUGUGAGAAAAAUGGAUGCAGCAAUUGCUUCUAUUGUAUUCUCAGUACUAGCCCUUGGCAUUCUAAGUUACACAAUCAAACUAGCCAACAAAUAUUGGUUUAGGCCAAAGCAAGUGGAGAAGCGGCUGAGAGAUAUAGGGUUCGGAGGAAACCCUUACAGGAUCAUCUUUGGAGACGCAAAAGAUGUGGAGGGAAUGAGAGCAGAGGUCACCUCCAAGCCUAUGGAACUCUCCGACGACGUGGCAUCUCGAAUUCUACCGUAUCACAACCAUCUGGUCCAGAAGUAUGGAAAAAAGUACUUCAUGUGGUUUGGUCCAAAAGCAAGGAUUGGCAUAAUGGAUCCGGCGCUAGUGAAGGAGAUUCUGUCCAGACCUAACGAUUUCCGAAAGCCAAGCAAAGAUCAAAUGGCUGAGGUGCUUGUAGGUGGACUCUUUACUAGUGAGGGUAAUGUAUGGGCUAAACACAAGAAGGUUCUUAACCCUAGUUUUCACAUUGAGAAGAUUAAGAACAUGGUACCAUCAAUUGUGGACAGCUGCACGGAAAUGAUGAACAAGUGGAACGUGUCACUAGACGCGAAGGAAUCAGUUGAGGUUGAUAUGUGGCCAGAAGUAGAGGCUUUAACAUUCAAUAUAAUGUGCAAUACACUUGUAGUUGGCCGGAGUAUUGAAGAAACACAAAAGAUAUAUAAACUCCGGGUUAAGGUGAACCAACAAGCAGCCAAACUAGCAAAGCUCAUGAUCUUUCCCGGAUGGUGGAAUCUACCAACUAAGGAGCUGAAGAUUUUGAAAGAAGCUCAUAGAGAAAUUGGGAUUCUAAUAAAGCAAGGGGUGACUAAGAGACUGGAAGCAAUGAAAAAUGGAGCAAGUAAUCCUGGUGAUAUGUUGGGCUUAAUGUUGGAGGCUUAUCAAGAUGAAACAAGUGGAUUUACUCUAGAGGAUGUGAUUGAAGAGUGUAGAAGUUUUCACUUCAUUGGACCCGAGUCUACAGCACGGUCAUUGGUAUGGGUACUCUAUGUUCUGAGCCACUAUCCGGAAUGGCAAGAAAAAGCAAGAGAAGAGAUUUUGCAGGUUUUUGGAGAUCAGAAGCCCAAUGUUGAAGGACUGAGCCAACUCAAGAUUGUGACAAUGAUUGUGUACGAGGUACUAAGAUUAUAUCCACCAACUAGUAUGGUUCACCGAUCUAUCUCCAAAGAUACAAAGUUAGGAGACAUGGUUCUACCAGGCUGGGUCCAGAUUACCAUACCCAUAACCUUAAUGAAUCACGACCCUGAUAUCUGGGGUGAGGAUGUGAAACAGUUCAAGCCCGAAAGAUUUGCAGAAGGCGUUUUCAACUCAAAGAUGCAAUCCAUAUUCUUAGCAUUCGCAGGAGGUCCUCGAAAAUGCAUUGGACAAAGCAUGGCAAUGGUGACAGAUAAAUUUGUGAUCGCAACUAUUUUACAACGCUACAUAUUAGAGCUUUCUCCCUCGUAUCUGCAUGCUCCCAAACAUUCCUUCCUCCUCAUACCUCAGCAUGGAAUGAAACUUGUUGUGCGCAAACGUGUCUAGCCACUAAAACAGUCCAUCAAGAAUAAAUUUCUUGUGCUUGUCUGGAUAUCUACUUGUUUUUAUCAUUUAAAUAUUCUCCGAUUAUGUUUGUUGUGAUGUGUGUUAAUAAAUUAUGAGAAGUAUCUCAUUGUUUCUUUACUAUCUAAGAAUGUAAGUGGAGUCAUUGUUUGUAAGCAAAUAAAUUAUGAAAGUGUGUGGCGGUGUCGCUAUUGGUCUCCCAAUUAGGCCGAGACAUGGAAAUUUCUUCAGCAAGCACAAGAAACAGGAACAAAGACAACGAAGUAUAGCAUUGCAUUCAAGAGUGCAGUUUGAAAAAGAGGGUGAUCAUGGCAUGAAGCACUCAGAGUGUAUGUAUUGAUAUAAUGUGUAUUGAUAUAAUGUGCAUCCACUGCACUCUAUUUUUUUAAUCUUAUUGAACAAAUUUUAUUUGAACUAUACAUGUAUGAAUGGGUUGUUCACUUCAAUAUAAACCGUUUUUCAGAA